GUCAAUUUUGAGUGCAGAAAUACCAACUGCUGAAGAUGAAGAAAAAUUGGAUGACCGAGCCAAACUAAGCGUAGCUGCAAAGAGGCUGCUUUUUAGAGAAAUGGAAAAAUCAUUUGAAAUGAAAAAUAUUCCUAAACCACCUACAAGAAGUUCAGCAGUAGAGAGAAGGCUGCGGCGUUUGCAGGAUAGAUCGCACACACAACCAAUUACCAGUGAAGAAGUGGUCAUUGCAGCUACUGAAUCUACCCCUGCUUCACGUUCUGUGAAUACCCACACAGUAGUGACAAGAGUACCUAGUCCCACUGUAGUUAAGAGCACUGUACAACCUAUCAGCUUGCAGGCAUCAGCACACCAAAAAAUUUUAGCUAAAGAGGAGAUAAGGGCAGCCAAAGAGGCGAUGGGGCAAGAUCAGUCUGAUGAACCAGAUUCUUCCACCUUAAGUUUGGCAGAAAAGAUGGCUUUGUUUAACAAACUGUCUCAACCAGUAUCCAGGGCCAUUUCCACAAGGAGCCGAGGAGAUAUUAGGCACAGGAGAAUGAAUGCUCGUUACCAGACUCAGCCAGUCACUCUUGGAGAAGUUGAGCAGAUGCAAUGGAAAAAGAGUAAACUGGUACAAAAUGAAAGUGGAAAAAUUACUCCCCUGUCAACUGCAGUUGCAACAUCAGUUUCAACAAUGGCAUCUGCUCUUUCUCCAUUGUAUGCUGGAGACCUGCACACGAAGCCAGCUAGUGAUGGAAGCAUGAGUGCUGCUGCUAGAGCUGAUUUGAGAUUCCACUCGUCAGCAGAAAACUCAGACUCUUCAGGAAAACGCACACAGAAGUCAGAACAGUGGCAGCCCUCAAUGGAAGUGCUAGAAAGCAAAAGAGCAUCAAAGAAGCAUGAAGAAGAGAGAAAGAGGUUUCUAGCACAUGAAGCUAAUGAAAUUACAAAGUACAGCUCCUUUGAGGAAGAAACCACACAUCCUGUUCCUGAAAAAACAGGAGACUACCAUAAAGAGACAACAUACAGCUUCCUGAGGAAGGGCAGCAUGGAACUGUUUAGUUCACAAGCACUUUUUCAACCUCUUGAACAGAAAGACAUCGAUACUGGCAUGCAAGGUAAAUGGGAAGUCAAAGGAGGCCAGUCCUUUGAAGAAAAGAUGGAUUUGGAAAGUGUUAUGAAAAGCAAGACUUUGCAAAGAGACCAUGCUGAGCCUACUUCUGAACUCACCAGCACAUCAGCAAUGAGGACAGUUUCACAAACUGCAGCUGCGGCAUCCUGUAGACUGCAGGAGCUCUCCGAACAAUUGGAAGGCAAAUUUUAUAAGAAUUCCUGUGAAAUGUUUUCCGUUGGAGAGAACAAAGCACAAACAACUGAGGAUGUCCUUGAUAAUUCCAGCAAAACUAUGUCAAUUAAGGAAAGGUUGGCAUUGCUGAAGAAGAGUGGUGAAGAAGAUUGGAAGAGCAGGCUCAGCAAAAAGCAGGAGUAUGCAAAAGUGUCUGUCACUGAUCGUAGCACGCAGAUGCAAGAAGUUGAGCAACUGUUGAAGAAGGAACCUGUAUAUGCUUCUACUUACUCUCCCGUUAUACCCGCUCUCCAUAAAUUUCAUCCUUUUCUACCUAUUAAUCAGGUCUGUAGUACUAGUUUGAAAGAAUCAAGCUCUCUGAUUUCUGAUGAACAUCAUCCUUGGAGAUGGAAGCAGAGACUGGCAGAUAACCAGGAGAGUCAGAUGACCAUUGAAGAAAGGAAACACCUGAUUACAGCUCGAGAAGAAGCCUGGAAAUCCAAGGGCAAAGGAGCAGCCAAUGACUCUACACAGUUCACUGUAGCUGGCCGAAUGGUAAAAAAAGGCCUGGCUUCUCCAAGUGCGCUAACACCAGUAGCAUCCCCUUUUAGUAACCGACAGAAGUCCACCACUCCAGUUACAAAGCCCUUGGAAGAAAUUGAAGCCAGGCCUGAUAUGCAAUUGGAAUCAGAUAUGAAGCUUGACAAGUUGGAGUCAUUCUUGGGAAGGCUGAAUAACAAAGUUGCUGGGAUGCAAGAGACGGUGCUGACAGUUACAGGAAAGUCUGUGAAAGAGGUGAUGAAGCUGGAUGAUGAUGAAACAUUUUCCAAAUUUUAUCGCCAUGUGGAUUUCCCUUCCUCCUCAGUGCCUUUGGACCUUGAUGAGGACUUUGAUACCAUCUUUGAUCCUUAUGCACCAAAGUUAAUAUCUUCUGUAGCAGAGCACAAACGUGCAGUUAGGCCUACGCGCAGAGUCCAGUCCUCUAGAAACCCCCUGAAAAUGCUGGCAGCAAGAGAAGAUAUUCUUCAUGAAUAUACUGAACAAAGAUUGAAUGUUGCCUUCAUGGAGUCAAAGCGAAUGAAAGUAGAAAAAAUGUCUACAAACUCAAAUUUCUCAGAAGUAGCACUUGCUGGCUUGGCAAGCAAAGAGAACUUCAGCAACGUUAGCCUGCGGAGUGUUAAUCUAACAGAGCAAAACUCUAACAACAGUGCUGUGCCAUACAAGAAGCUAAUGCUGCUGCAAAUUAAAGGAAGAAGACAUGUUCAAACAAGAUUAGUUGAACCCAGGGCCUCGUCACUGAACAGCGGAGACUGUUUCCUGUUGUUAACUCCACAUUUCUGUUUCUUAUGGGUAGGAGAGUUUGCAAAUGUCAUAGAAAAAGCAAAGGCUUCAGAACUCGCAACUUUAAUUCAGACAAAGAGGGAACUUGGCUGUAGAGCUUCUUAUAUACAGACUAUAGAAGAAGGAAUAAAUACCCAUACCCAUGCAGCCAAAGACUUCUGGAAACUCCUUGGUGGACAGACAAAUUAUCAGUCUGCCGGAAGUCCUGAAGAAGAUGAAAUGUAUGAAGCUGCAAUAAUCGAAACAAACUGCAUUUACCGCCUCGUAGAGGAUAAACUCAUUCCUGAGGAUGACUACUGGGGAAAGGUGCCAAAAUGUACCCUGCUACAACCAAAAGAGGUGCUGGUGUUUGAUUUUGGCAGUGAAGUAUAUGUAUGGCAUGGAAAGGAAGUUACUUUAGCACAAAGAAAAGUGGCAUUCCAGCUGGCAAAACACUUGUGGAAUGGCACAUUUGACUACUCCAAUUGUGACAUAAAUCCUCUGGACCCAGGGGAAUGCAAUCCCCUCAUACCCAGAAAGGGACAAGGACGCCCAGACUGGGCUGUGUUUGGCAGACUCACAGAACAUAACGAGACCAUACUGUUCAAAGAAAAAUUUCUUGAUUGGACAGAGCUGAAGAAAUUCAAUGAGAAGAAUUCUAGUGAAUCCCUUCACCAGAAGGAAGAAUCCAGAUCUGACUCUAAACCAUAUGAUGUGAUGCUAAUGGUAGCUGUGCCCCAAACGACUGUAGGCACAGUCUUGGAUGGAAUGAAUAUUGGCCGGGGCUAUGGACUUGUAGAAGGAGAAGAUGGGAGGCAGUUUGAAAUUAUCACUGCAUCUGUGGAUGUCUGGCACAUCCUGGAAUUUGAUUAUAGCAGACUGCCUAAGCAAAGCAUAGGGCAGUUCCAUGAGGGAGAUACAUAUGUGGUGAAGUGGAAGUACAUGGUGAGCACUACAGUUGGAAGCAGGCAAAAAGGAGAGCAACAAGUAAGGGCUGUUGGAAAAGAAAAAUGCGUGUAUUUCUUUUGGCAAGGAAGGCACUCCACAGUGAGUGAGAAAGGGACAUCAGCACUGAUGACAGUGGAACUUGAUGAAGAAAGAGGAGCACAGGUACAAGUGCUUCAAGGGAAAGAACCACCGUGCUUCCUGCAGUGCUUCCAAGGAGGGAUGAUUGUGCAUGCUGGAAGAAGGGAAGAGGAAGAAGAAAAUGCACAAAGUGACUGGAGGCUAUAUUGCGUGCGAGGAGAAGUUCCCAAUGAAGGAAACUUACUUGAAGUAGCAUGUCACUGCAGCAGCCUGCGUUCCCGGACAUCCAUGAUUGUCCUCAAUAUAAAUAAAGCUCUUAUCUACCUGUGGCAUGGCUGCAAAGCACAAUCUCACACCAAGGAUGUAGGAAGAACAGCAGCCAAUAAAAUAAAAGAACAAUGUCCACUGGAGGCAGGGCUGCACAGCAGCAGCAAGGUGACAAUACAUGAAUGUGAUGAAGGGUCAGAGCCCUUGGGAUUCUGGGACGCGUUAGGAAGGAGAGAUCGAAAGGCCUAUGAUUGCAUGUUGCAAGAUCCUGGAAAGUUUAAUUUCACCCCCCGCCUGUUCAGCCUCAGUAGUUCAUCAGGAGAAUUCUCAGCCACCGAGUACGUUUACCCUUCAAGAGACCCUGCUGUCAUCAAUUCCAUGCCAUUCUUGCAAGAGGAUCUUUACACUGCCCCACAGCCAGCACUCUUCCUUGUUGACAAUCACCAUGAAGUGUACCUAUGGCAAGGCUGGUGGCCUGUGGAAAACAAAAUCGCUGGAUCAGCUCGAAUCAGGUGGGCUACAGACAGGAAAUGCGCCAUGGAGACAGUGCUCCAGUACUGCAAAGGAAAAAACGUAAAGAAGCCCCCCAAAUCCUAUCUAAUUCAUGCUGGCCUAGAGCCUCUGACCUUCACUAAUAUGUUCCCAAGUUGGGAACACAGGGAAGACAUCGCAGAGAUCACAGAAAUGGAUGCUGACGUUUCUAAUCAGAUAAUCCUCGUGGAGGACGUGCUGGCCAAGCUGUGUAAAACGGUGUAUCCACUAGCAGAUCUCUUAGCUAGGCCUCUCCCUGAGGGAGUUGAUCCACUGAAGCUUGAAAUUUAUCUUUCAGAUGAGGACUUUGAGGUUGCAUUAGAGAUGACGAGAGACGAGUACAAUGCACUGCCAUCUUGGAAGCAGGUUAAUCUGAAGAAGGCAAAAGGACUUUUCUAAGUUGUGUUUCUUGGAGUGAGCACUAAAGGGAUGGCUCUUUUCACUUUCUGUGCCCUUUAGAAGAAUUGUACCCCACAUUUACAAAAUAAAUAGAAAUAAUCUGAAGUUAUUAGUGACUACCUAUCUGGAGGUGUGUAAUAUUAUAAAAGGCCAAGAGAACUCUUUGGAAAUGGAAUUCAGUUUUGACUCUUAAAGGUAAUGUGUUUAAGCUCUGCUCUCCUAUGCACUUAAACAGUAGUUUCUUGAGCUACUGCAGUAGGUGACCUUUGGCUAUAUACAAUACUUGCCAUUUUUGUUUUUGAAGAAGUUCUCUUUGUAAAGUGUUAUUUUGUUAGUUUGUGGAUUACAAAGAAUUUAUAUUUAUAUAAACACAUAGAACAAGUAUGUAUUUAACAAUGCAAUAUAUAUUCACUUUCAAGACUUUAAUGUCAAAACUACAGAAAAGUAGCUGGAUGGCAGUUGCUUGUACUGAAUUAGCUAAACCACCGUAUGUAUCUCCUACGCAUUCUGAAAAGUUUCUCUUCGCAAUAGGUAAUGAAUUGUUCUCAGUGCUGCUUCAGGUGCUAAACUGAACAAAGCGUUUGUAUUUAUAGCAUGGAUUUCUUGAGAAACUAUGCGAAUCAACCUUUAUACUUUAUUAUCCAAAAAUGUAUAGUGCCUUGUUUUUUGUGUACAGUUUAUAUACAAAAAAAAAAAAAAAGAUUGGUCUGCGUUUUGAAGAUGGCUUAGAACGGUCUCCUAUGUUACUUUUAUAAUAGUAGAAAUAAAAACAUCUCAGUUUCUAAUACUUGUUGUAAACAUUAAACAUGUCUUUUGUGAUAUAAGAACUGAAAGUAAAAGCUUAUGAAUAAACUCUUAGCGAUGC